AUGACCUGGGAUAACGUGUGCUCAAGUAACGGAAAUGAGGUCAGCAAUCUGUUUGCGUCAUUCUUCAAGAGUAUCUACAAAACCCCGCCUGGUCUAUCUCCUGAUCCAACAGCUGAUCCGGAAGAGGACAGAGAACGUGCUGAUGCUCCAGAUGCACACCUCACUGAAUUUGAAGUUCGUUUCGAUGAUGUUUAUCGUCAACUAUGCCUGCUGAAUGUUAACAAAGAUGCUGGACCUGACGGGUUACCUAAUUUGUUCCUAAGGAAAUGUGCUAUAGGUCUCUGUGAGCCUAUCACCAAUAUGAUACAGUCUUCACUUGCUAAACUUCUGGAGAAAAUAAUCCUACCACAAUUGAACUUUGCUUUCAAAAACAUCAUUGUGUCUCGGCAGCAUGGAGUCUUUGGUGGUAGAUCCACAACUACCAACUUGUAUGGAUAUGUCAACUAUAUACUAAACUCAAUGGGCAGAGGCAAAGAGGUACAUGCGAAAUACACAGACUUCAGUAAAGCGUUUGAUAUGGUCAACCAUCAAAUUUUGCUAAAAAAACUGAGCACCUAUGGUGUUAAAUAUGAAGCGCUGGAAUGGCUAUUCUCAUACCUUUUCAACAGGAAGUUACGAGUGCGAGUUAAUGUUCACCCAUCAAAUGAAUGUGGCGUCACCUCCGAUGUCCCACAGGGUUCACAUUUGGGUCUGAUUCUGUGUAGUAUUUUUAUCAACGACAUUAGUGAUAACAUAAGGUCAGAGUAUCGACUCUACGCAGAUGACAUGAAGGUCUACAGGGUAUGA